CCGAAAGUGAACCAAUCAAAAUUCCGAUGACAAUAAAAAGCAAAAAUGGCGCUGCCCAUGAAUCUGUUUUCAAAAUUUCGUAGUUUGUGGCCUGUUUGCCAACAUGUAAAGAGUGCAGCUCGACUUUCUUCACAAGCAUCCGGCACUAAGCUUACCCUUGUCUCGGAUGAGAAUGGAGUGAGAAGAAUUCUGUUGAACAAUGCCAGAAAAAGGAAUGCCUUGUCACUGGCAAUGUUGGAGAGUUUAAGAGAUGAUAUUUUAGUUGGCAUUGACAAAGAAGGCACCAGAGUUAUAGUUAUAGCUCAUGAUGGUCCUGUCUUCUCAUCAGGUCAUGACCUUAAAGAACUGACAACUAAAGAGGGCAGAGAAUAUCACACCAAAGUGUUCAGUCGCUGCUCAGAAGUCAUGAAACUUGUCCAAGAUGUCCCUGUUCCGGUGAUAGCACAGGUGAAUGGACUUGCAACUGCUGCAGGCUGUCAGCUGGUUGCCAGCUGUGAUAUGGCUGUUGUUUCAGACAAAUCAAAGUUUGCCACUCCAGGAGUGAGUAUUGGCCUAUUCUGCUCCACCCCAGCUGUUGCUCUGGCCCGAGCUGUGCCCCGCAAGGUUGCUAUGGAAAUGCUCUUCACUGGGUUCCCUAUUGAUGCUAAAGAUGCCUUGCAGCAUGGUCUUGUCAAUAGGGUUGUGCCUGAGGAGGAGCUUGAAACUGAGACACGUAGGCUGACAGACCGGAUAUGUGAGACCAGUCAUUCAGUGACAGCAUUAGGGAAAACUACCUUUUAUGACCAAAUAGCCAGGGAUAGGAAUUCAGCAUAUGUUAAAACUGAACGAGUGAUGGUGGAGAAUCUAGGACUGAAAGAUGGCCAGGAAGGACUUGCCGCUUUCCUUGGCAAGAGAAAACCCACCUGGACUCAUGGUACUGACCCUGCUGAAUAGAUGGCGCUGUAUAAUGCAAGAUGAGGACAAGCAGUCGCGACAGGAAGUGACUGUAGCAAGUAUUGCAUUAACUGCAACAAUAUCUCAAAGACUGUUAAAUGACCUCAAGGUUGAUUGUAUGUGAUUAGUGCCAAUUAUGGAAGAUCGUGUAAAUAUUCUGACAUUUUGGCAGUUUCUGACAGUUUGUCUGCGAUCAGAUUAUGUUUGGAUGAUGUUUACAAUGUAAGAUGUGGAUGUGCAAUACUGUUUCUAGUGUAAUAUAAUAAAAUAUAUGAUAUCAAAUUGAACAUAAUAUACACUGGUGUUUUAUUUAACAAAUAUAUUUAUGUUCUGUUCAGCAAUACAAUUUACAUGUCUUCAACAUAUAUGCGUACUAUCCAAUCCUGUCUUACUUCACUCAUGGUAUCAUUUCCACCAUUCCUUUCUAAUGAUACCAUGAGCAAGAUAAAGUAUAAUGGGCUCUAGAUAGUGUCGUUUAGUACACUGUAUAAGUGGUAAUUUUGCCUCGAAUCGUUUAAUUUGCUUAUUGUCU